UCACACUCAGGCUCACACACACACAUCCACACAUACUCUGGCCCCUGGCAGAGUCCUGUGGGUUUCUCUGGAAUUCAGUCCACUGUUUGUUGGGAAAUCUGUUCAGAGGAUACCAUGAGACCUGUCCUGCUCCUCAGCCUGCUCCUUCUCUGCACCACUGACCUAGCUCGGAGCGGUACCAACGAUGCAGAGGAUUGCUGCCUGUCUGUUACCAAGCUCAUCAUCCCCCGACACAUCGUGUGUUCCUAUCGCCGCCUCAGCCCAGAGAACGGCUGCCGAUUGUCCGCAGUAGUGUUCACUACACAGAAAGGUCACCAGCUCUGUGCUCCCCCUGACCGUCUCUGGGUGAAACGACUCAUCAAGAGACUGGAUAAAAAUGAUUCCCAGUACAACCACAACUGCAGCUAGUUUAGGCACAGGACGAGAUGAGGAAAGAAGUCGGACAUCAGGAUGGAUCCAGCAGCCAGUUUGGGAGGAGAUCAUGAUGCCCCAGGAUUGAUGGAGAAAGAGAACCCAGGAAUCUAGCCCUCAGCUCCAGCCUGGAAGAGAAAUUGGGGGGGGAGGGGAGCACAGGUAGUAGUUUCUGAGGUUUGACCUUGAGUGUGAGUACUCAUGGCUGUGCAACACAGGGUUCUGGGGCCAGUUAUAAUAUGGGAUUUGAUGCUGGAAAUGGAAUGACUUUAAAUAAAUCACUU